CGAUCUACAGCAAAAGCAUUUGAUGUGCUGGCCACGCACAAAUUCGUACAAGUUUGUUUGCCUGCCAAUAGUGUACAAAUUGCGAUGCAAAAUCGUUUCUAAAUAGGCACUAUUUUGACUAUCCGCGAUCCGUCCCAAAAAUGGACAUCUCCAUAAAGCCGGUUUUCUCCUUCUCGCUCAACUACAAAGUCUUUGAGAAGCUGGUCACUUGUGGCAAAUACGACGGAAUCCACUCGUGUCUGACCGUGGUGACCAACGCCGAUAAGAUUCUCAUACACACGCCACACAAGCGGUAUGGAUUGCAGAACUCGAAGCUGUCGGUGUCGGAAAUUAAAAACGAUAUCGCCAUGCUGAACAUGAACUUUCCCAUUCGGGCCAUUAUCGCUGGCAAGCUCAAGAAGGACGACGAGCGGGAUAUUCUCGUCAUUGGGAGUUCAUCUUACUUUCUUGCAUAUCACGUAGAUGAAAAUUACAAUUUAUUUCAGCGAGAUUUUCCCGAACACGUAAGAUCACUCCUGAUUGGAAGUUUUGCCAACUUUGUAGGAAAUAUGUUGAUUGUCGGUGGAAAUGCCGUCGUAAAAAUUUUCAACCCCGAAGGAACUGAGGUUCUCUGGAUGAUAACGGCCGGUGGCGUCAACGCUCUUCUCCUAAGCGACAUUGAUAAGGACGGACAAAAUGAGCUCAUCAUAGGCACGGACGACGGUUGCAUAAAAAUCUACAAAAAGGACACACUGCUGCACGAGUUCACCGAGGGCAACGAGAUCCAGAACCUGAUGCUGAUCGGCCCGAACCAGUUUAUGUACAGCGUUAAAAAUGGAACCAUCGGCGUGUUUGAGGAGAAUAUCCGGCUCUGGCGGAUCAAGUCCAAGACGAGGGUCACGGCGUUGGCCAUGUAUGACAUAUUAGGCUGUGAAAAUAAGCAAGUUAUCAUCGGCUGGAAGAGCGGAAAGAUAGACGUGCGUGAUGCCCGAAAUGGCGAUGUUCUGUUCAAGAUGAAGCUGAACGACUUUGUGUGUGGGAUCGCGUGCAACGACUACCGCGGGAUCGGCGUUCUCGAUCUUGUGAUUGUUACAGUAGAUGGCGAAAUUUGUGGAUACACCACCCCCAGUGUCAACCUGAUGAAUUUGCACAAUUUAGCUGAUGAAGAAAUGAGCAGUCUGCUAUCACAAAAGCAAAAGCUAUUACUCGAAUUGAAGCACUACGAAAAUAAUAUAAAAUUCAACAAAGAACUCUCGUCGAGUAACGAUAGCCAGCUCGUCCAGAGUGUGCCGGACAAUGUUGGCGUAAUUCCGUCCAACACCAGGCUCCAGAUUGGCAUCUCAACGAGCUACGAUAGUACGGAUAUGAACAUUGACAUCACGGUUUCAACGAACAAUGCAACCACAAUUCGAGCGGUGCUAAUUUUUGCCGAUCAACUGUUCAAGGAGGAAACGUUGAUUGCGCAUUUGACGAAGGACGUUUCCCGGAUUCUGAUUCCGUUGAAGACACUGAAGGAUAAUGCGCAGGAUAUCCACAUCAAAGCUUUUGUGGGCUACCCGACGAGCGUGCAGUUCCACGUGUUUGAACUUACGCGGCAGUUGCCAAAAUUUGCAAUGUACACGAUUCCGCAUAGUUUGACCGGGUCGCCGAAGAGUAUUGCUUACAUCAACAAUCUGGCCGAGAAAGACCACGACGCCGGCGAUAGUUACGUCGGGUUUAGGAUCACGGAGCGACUCAAGCGGAUUUGUAUAUGGAUUAAUCAGAAUUUCCUUCUGCCGUCGGACAUCGAGUACAUGACAUCAUCGGACGCUGACGCAACGGAGUUGAAGCUGAACUUAAUCAGUCUGCGAACCAGCAAGACCGUGUGCCUACACUUUAACAAUGACGGCAAAACCCGUUUCCACACCGAGGACAUUGAGCUGGCCGGUGACCUCAUUCAGUCGCUGGUGCAGUUUUUGAAUAUUGAAAAUAUGAACUCUGUAGCAUAUUUCCCCCUGGUUUACGACGAGAUCAGAGAGUUGUUUGGCAAACUGCAAGGCCUGCAAGAAACGGAGAAGCAGAUUAACUCGGAAAUCAUCGACAACAUCAACCAAGUCAAGAGUCAUCUCAUCAGAGCCGAGGAUGCCCGCUACUAUAAUGAGGAUGACGUUAUCAAAUACCACAACGAAAUGAUGAACACUAACGAAGACCUGUUGAAGAACUACAAGAUUCGGUUGGUCAACGCGGGCCAGGUCCAACUGGCACUGAAACGUGUCCACAGCAUACUGUACAGCGCAUCCAAGCUGAGAGUUGGAACGUUUGCCUCCACUAUCAUUGGCAAGUUCAAAGAUGCGCUCAAAACGAACAACAUCGAGGCGGUGCUGAAAAUCAUCGAGCUGGGAGAAAUGUAAGUCUGGGAAGUGUGAGUUAAAGGGCUUUAGUUUUUGAAGUUAAGUUUUAACCUUUAAUUGAGUUUUCUGUUCUGUUGAUUCAUGUUUUUUAAAUAGGAAGUUUCGGUUUGUAGGUGAAUAGAAUUCAAAUAUAAAAUAA